AUGGCUCAAUUUCAUCGGGGGAAGGGCAAAGCCUCUGAAUGGGCACAAAAGAUCAACAAUGACCUGGAAUCUACCUGUGUGCAGGCCAAUAGCGCUCAACCGGACAAGCUGCCCCAUCUCUUUGCCUUUGGUGCCCUACCACUCGGCGCGCCGCAGCAGGGCACCGUGGCGGACGAAGUGCAUAGAGUCAGUACCCUCCCUCAUAUCCGCGGCGUGAUUAUGGGGACAACCGGACAAGGCAAUGGCCUGGAUGACCCCGAGCUAGAGGCUGUUUGGGAGCCCUCCAAGACACCCAGCUCAUGCUCUUCUUGCAUCCGCAAUAUGGCUUGCCGGACGAGGCAUUCGGGAGACCUGAGGUCGUUCGUCGCUACGGUACGUUCUCCCGCUGGAGAUACUCUUUCGCCACACUUGCACUAA